AUGACUGCUCCUAGAGGGAAGACUCGGGCAGUGGAGAGGGAAGGAGGAGGUUCUUCUGGCGGGUUGAGGCGGAGCGAAGCUGGGUCAAUGGUUUUUGUACUGCCGUUGAGGAAUAGAGUGCUGUUCCCGGGACUGAGAGCACAGGCAUUGGCACUUGUAGCCCAUCAGAAAACAGUAUCGUUGGAAGAUUCUCUGAGCCACGACAAGCUCGUCACUGUUGGUGUUAGAAACAGCGAUAGGGAGGGUUCCAAAGGAGACGAGAAGCUGUACACUGUGGGCACACUCUGCCGUAUGGUAUCCAGUAGUGUAGCGCCUCACACCCGGGCCGGGGAGGUUGAUGAAGGGGAUCAAAUCGUGUUGACACUAGAAGGACUAGAUAGGGUGGAACUGGAGACCUCUGGUGCGGCACUGGUGUGGGACGGCUCAACGGAGGGAGGGGAGCGUAAUGUGGUGCACGGCAAGGUUUGGGUAUCUCGCGUGCUUGGGAGUGUCCAGAAGGGGCCGACGAGGGAACUGGAAGCAUUAGCGGAUGGUCUCCAGCGGAAGGUGGCUGAGCUGUUUCAACUGGAAAAGAGGCUUCAGGGCCUCGCUCAUGGCGGUAAAGCUGGGGGGUUGCCGGGGCCUUUGGGAGGGCUGAUAACGUCUUUGUGGAAUAGUGGACGGGAAGGGGGAAAGGAUAGAGAAACUGCCAUCACUGAGGUCCCGAUGAAGGCUGACAAGUGCUCGUUGUUUGCCGAUAUCAUAUGUGCAACGUUGAAGGAUGUGCCGAUGGUCGCUCGACAGCAGGCUUUGGAGUGCCUCUGCAUUGAAGAUAGGCUGCACAUGGCGACGAACAUGGUGGCGGAGCGGAGAGAGGCGCUGUUGGUGACGAGCCGAGUUAGAGGUAACAUGAGGAAGCAAGCGGACAUGGACGUGCGGGAGAGGGUGAUAAGGAGGCAGAUCGAAGAGCUCCAGAAGGAGCUUAGGAAAAUCAGUGGGGGGAAUGAGGCUGCCGAGGACGAGGUUACGUCCAUCGUGAACAAACUGGCCGCUAUCCCCCUGCCUGAGGACAUGAGGAGGGUAUGCGAUAGGGAGAUCCACAAACUGCAGAGUACGCCGACGACUCAUCCUGACUAUACUGUGACCAGGACCUACUUGGAGACGGUGGCCUCUCUGCCGUGGUCAUUGGAAUGCUCUGAGGCGGUCAUCGAUCUCGAUAGAGCUAGGGAGGUCCUUGAGAGAGAUCACUUUGGGAUGACUAAGGUCAAGAAAAGAGUCAGGGAGUUCUUAGCAGUGAUGAAGCUGCACCAAGCGAGGGGCGGCUCUCAAGGCGAUGAGGAAGCGAGAGUGGCUGAGGGAGAAGGUCGAGACGUGGGGUUACCGGUGAUCAACAGGAGGGGUCCUCCUGGACCGGUCGUGUGCCUCGUGGGCCCCCCGGGUGUUGGUAAGACUUCACUGUGUAGGAGUAUAGCAGAAGCUCUGGGUAAGAGGUUCUGUCGAGUAUCAUUGGGAGGGGUACGCGAUGAGGCGGAGAUACGCGGGCAUAGACGCACCUACAUUGGUGCCAUGUUGGGUACUGUCCUGCAGGAGUUGGCUCGAUGUGGUAGUCGGGAGUGUGUUAUGCUACUCGAUGAGAUUGACAAGGUUGCCCAACCAGGGUUCAACUCCAAUGCGCAGGCUGCACUCCUGGAGCUGUUGGACCCCUCACAGCACGCCACCUUUCGUGACCACUACCUUGGAGUUCCGUUCGACCUCUCCUGUGUGACGUUCAUAUGCACGGCCAACUCGGCAGGGGAAAUGAGCCGCCCACUCAUCGAUCGGCUGGAGAUGGUGGAAUUAGAGAGUUACACGUUGGAGGAAAAGCGAGAGAUCGCCAAAAGGCAUCUCAUCCCACGACAGUUAGAGUACCACUGCCUGGCUCCUGGGUCGGCCAAGAUAGAGGACGAUGCGAUAGACUACUUGGUGGAAUGCUAUACGAAGGAGGCCGGUGUGAGAUCUCUCGAGCGGAGGCUGGGCGAUGUGUGUCGAUAUGUUGCUAUUGAGAUGGUUGAGAAUAAGAAGGAUAGUCCCUCGCCUUUCACCAUACAGCAGAGGGAUAUCCCUGAUAUUCUCGGACCGGAGACUUUCGAGUCCCCUGCGAGGCUGGCGAGGAGGCGGGCGAGGCAGCAGCACUCACGAGGGCAACAGAUAGGAGUUGCUCUAGGCCUGGCAGUGACUGCUGGUGGUGGUGACGUGUUAGAGAUAGAGACGACUCUAACGAGUAGUUCUGCUAGUGUUGGUGCAGGGACGGGCAAGGUGUCCAUCACUGGUCAACUCGGUAAGGUGAUGCAGGAGUCGGUAAGCGCGGCAUUGGCUCAGCUCAAGGCCAGGGUAUAUGCGGUGCAAGAUAGAGCGAUGGCUGAAGGAACCCCCUCCUCCAUGGAUAGUAUCUUCCGCUUGAUCGAGCCAAAACUACUAACCUCGGCCGACGUCCAUGUCCACUUCCCAGCUGGAGCUGUUCCCAAGGAUGGCCCUAGUGCUGGCGUGGCUGUAUUCCUCGCACUAGUGUCACUAUUCGCGGCAAUACCCGUCCCGUCGUCCAUCGCCACCACAGGGGAGAUCACUCUUACUGGGCAAGUCCUCCCAGUGGGGGGUGUGCGAGAUAAGGUGCUCGCAGCUCAGAGGGCCGGCAUCGACACGGUCAUCAUUCCCCGCUCGAACGCUAAGACGUUACGAGCGUCGUUGCCGUUGUCGGUGACGGACUCAAUAGAACUAGUCUUUAUAGAUCACGUCGACGAGGCUCUACUACGAGUUUUCAGGCCUCAAGUCCAGACGCAUAGUAGCGACAAUAGAGCACCGCCGCUGAGGCGGCCUUCUACUAUAGCGACCGUAUCGCGGUCAGCAUUGUAGCACAUGGUUUUUGAUUAUAAUUUUUCCUC